AUGACACUUGAACCGCCAAAAUAUGAAUAUUUGAACAAAGAAGAUACUAAAAAAAUGUUAGAAGUAUUUAAGGGUGAAAGAACAGGUUGGGUACUCGUAGGUCCAAAAAAAUGGUUCUUCCCCUAUAGAUAUACAGAACAGGGUAAAGGAUUUUAUAACUUUAAGGCAAGACCGGAUGAUACUUGGGUUCUAUCUUAUCCAAGAUCUGGUACAACAUGGACACAAGAAUUAAUCUGGUUAUUGUCAAAUGACUUAGAUUUUGAGAAGGCACAAAAAGAACUUCUGGCAGAACGGUUCCCGUUCCUUGAAUUUAGUAUGUUUAAUCAUCCAGAAGUAACACAUGAAUUUUUAAAGAUGAAUGAGGGUGACAAGGACAAGAAGGAAUUAUGUAAAAAAAUUGCAGAGCCAGGAUAUGAAGUCAUAACAGAAAUACCUUCUAAGAGAUUUAUAAAAUCACAUUUUCCACUCAGCUUGCUACCUGGUAUUUUGGAAAGUGGCUGUAAGAUAGUGUAUAUUGCACGAAAUCCAAAAGAUGUUGCUAUUUCAUGGUAUUAUUUAAAUAAAGCAAUUAAAACUCAAGGAUAUAUAGGUGAUUUUGCAACAUUUUGGGAGUACUUUCAAAACAAUCUUACACCAUGGAGUCCUUAUUGGGAACAUUUGAAAGAAGCAUGGACACAUAAAAAUCACCCAAACCUUUUAUUUAUAUUCUAUGAAGAAAUGCAACAUGAUUUUCCAAAAGUAAUUAAAAAGGUUGCCAAAUUUCUUGGAAAAACAUAUACUGAACAACAGAUGAAAGAAGUAGCAAAUUAUUUAAACAUUAAAAAUUUCCGAGAUAAUCCAAUGGUGAACUCAUCUGAAUUAAAGGAAUGUGGUAUCAUAGUAGCAGGAACAUUUGUUAGAAAAGGUCAAAGUGGCGAAUGGAAGAAUAUGUUUACUCCAGAACUUGAUGCUAAAGCCAAUGAAUGGAUAGAAGAAAAUCUUAAAGGAAGUGAUCUCACUUUCCCAUAUUUUAGCAAUAUUAUCAAUAAUAAUUACAAAUGA